CAGUGAGAGUGUCUCCUCAGUCACUUUCCAUCGGCUGUCCAGUGCGAGUGCGAAGUGACUGUGUUGGUGAAGUGAAAUCCAAAGCAUCGCUGUCCACAAUCCCGUGUGAUUUUGCAGAGGUUCAGCCGCGCCAGUGUCUGUGACAGGGCCAAAGAGUGGGCAAUAUAUCGAGAGAGAGCUGGGAAAAAGUGCUUUCUGAGUGCUUCACAGCGGAAUCAUUGAUACUGUCAUCAGCAAUUAUGAGUGCCGUCGAUGAGAUAAUUGCAUACAAGAAGAAUCCGGACGAGGAUUUCUACGCUCUGCUCAAUUGUGAUGAGAACUCAACGGUGGAGCAGAUCCAGGCGGAGUACAAGGUCCUCGCGCUGCAAUAUCAUCCGGACAAGAAUAGUGGCGACAAGGAAGCCGAGGCGAAGUUCCAGCAAUUAAAGGAGGCGAAGGAGAUUCUCUGCGAUCCUGAGAAACGUGCCAAUUACGAUAAGUGGCGCCGCAGCGGAAUCUCAAUCAGCUACAAGAACUGGGUCGGAAUGAAGGAGCACGUCCACCAGUCGAUGCACUGGUCCACGCCGAAGACAAAGGACAGAAUGCUGCCCGAAGGAGCGUCCGCCUCCAGCGGCUUGUCCGCCGGCGUCCCGAAUCCAGCUCAUCGCCGCGCUUCUGAGGGCGGCGCCGCACUCUACUACGGCAGCCGCAAGCAGGAGUGGGGCUCCGAGAACCCCAGCGAAGUGGUCAAUAAAUUCAGAAAUUAUGAAAUUUAAUUUAAUCAAUUAUUCCUAAAUAAUCAAUGCAAAUUGACUUACUUUCAUCCCCCCCGCAAAAUGUUCGCUCAAACAGAACACCAUCGCAAUAUUUUUCCCUUUUAUUUUCACAAUAAUUAGUUUAUGUUUUCCACAUCCUGUCUCGUUUGGGAAAAGGCGCAUUUAUCGCGCAUAAAUUCAAUAAAUUUAUUUAUAGUGACAUUCAAAGUAAAAAAUCAUCACAUGAGCGAACUCGUAGAGUGGAAAUCCUGCUCGAUAAUUUCUCUCCCCUCACACAGUGUUUUGCCCUCCAUUCUUGUGCCCAUUUGAUGUACCAUUUCCCAUAGGAUAAAUGGGAAGAUAUCCCACCUUUGUAGUUCAAUCCUUUUCCACCGUAUAUGAACACAAAUCGACCAGCUUGGCAAAAUGUUCAUGUUCGAUGGGAAAUAUGCUUGGAUUGCACGGGAAUUGGGAGUUUUUUGGAAGAUUUUUUCUCUUUCAUCACGAUAAAAAGGUGGAAGACUCAAGACGGACAAUUAUGCUUCAAUUUUUGCUCCUCCGUGUGUGUCGGAGUGACGUUUUAAAAAUAAAGAAAACUCCAUCAGUAACAUCAUGAAGGGCUGAAGGAGAGCCUUUCAAAGUGGGAUAUAUAGGAAAAUAUCUCACAUAGGAAGAAAGAAAUCGAGUAUUAUGUAUGCAAAUAUGAGUAAAUAAGAUCUAAGAAGAGAGAUGACGUCAAUCAAAGUCUAUAUUACUAUUGGAUAGAUGGAACAUAUUUUAUGCUAAAUGUUUAAAGGAAGAAUUACAAUAUAUCCAUCAUACUUGUUGUAUGCUCUGAACCAAUUUUUGAAGAAUUAACAUAUUUUUAUGUAAUGUCAAGACAUGAAGUAAUGAUGUUAGAACAGUAGACAGUUUAGACACUUGUAGACAGCAUAGAAGGAUAUUUUAAUAUAUAAAUGUGUAAGAAACAGUCUGUAGUGCUAGAAUUGUGACACAUGUAUUUACUGAAGGAGCGAUGAGAAGGUGAGGAAAAGGCACGUCUUGUGCGCUGUGACGAAAAAAAAGAAAUGGUAAAGAGAGAUAUGAUAAAUUUAUCUUUAUGUUGUCGUUGCUGUUAUCACCCAUAAAAUCUAUUCAGAUGAAUGUGUUUCAGUGAAUUGUAAUCACAAUUAUAUGUGUGUUAUAUUAGCGAAUGGAGGCCGUAGAGAAUUAAAGAGAGUUUUAUGCCUCCACUUCAAUCCGUACACAGUAUUAACACUAAAGAAGAAGAAAAAAUAUGGGAUAAUUUCGUGGUAGAGUAAAAUAAAAAAAACGUAAUAUCAGAGAAAAUCCUUUAACAUUAUAUUACAUGUUUAGAAAAGAAUAUAUUGACAUAUUCAUAGAUUUGAUGGAGAGUCAUCUCAAUUAUUGAUAUCUGUUUGUGUGAAGAACAUUAUUAUACUCAUGAUAAUAUUGCUGUUAACCAGAAUAACAAGAAUUAUAUAUGAACAUCUCAUUAUACGUGACAAUCCAAGAUUAUAUAAUCAAAAAUAUGACAUCCCAAUUCUACCCAUGAGUAUAUUGUGAAAAAAAAACAUUUGGUGGCUCAAUUAUCCUCCAACUGGCCCAAUGGAAGAGUCCACAGGGUAUGUCCUUCUCCUUGUUACUGUGAAAGAUCGAUGAGCUUAUCGUACUUUAGAUCCCCCGAAAGACUUCAUCCUGUUUAGACAUUCCUUCGUGCAAACCCAUUUUUCGCCCCCCCCCCAGGAAAGAGAUUCCUUUGGACUAUGAAAGAAGAAGAGAAAGACAAAAAGAUAUCAGUGAGGAAAAGUUUGAUUAAGGAAUGAAAAAUCCGCAAAAUCUCUAAUUGAUUAUCAAAAAAAACCAGGCAUUUUACAUGCGCAAACCUUCGUACAAGAACCCAAUGGAAUUUAUUGUAUCACUGUACCUCAAAGUUAUAUACCAUUCAAUGUGAUAAUAUGGAUGUAUUUAAUGUUACCGAGGAAAAAUAAAGGAAUAAAAAAUAUUUUAAAUCA